UUUUUUUUUCUGCCUUUGCUUUGUAAUGUGAUUUUCCUUUUUCUUUUUGACUGUGCAUGUCAUUUGAUGGCGUCAAAUCUGGUCCAUUACCCACAGAAACACAAAGAUUCCUGCUCUUGAUAAUAACAAUGAUGUCAUCAUUAUCACCCCCAAUAACUCACACAGGCAGGCAGAGCUCCACCGACUCGAGCACAGACACAAUGGACCCGAUGGCCAGCAGCAACGUGACCAACAAGACUGACCCUCGCUCCCUCAACUCCCGCGUCUUCAUCGGCAACCUCAACACCCUGCUGGUCACCAAGGCCGACGUGGAGGCCAUCUUCUCCAAGUACGGCAAGGUCGUCGGCUGCUCCGUCCACAAGGGCUACGCCUUCGUCCAGUACGCCAAUGAGAGGAACGCCCGGGCAGCCGUGGGAGGCGAGGACGGCCGCAUGAUCGUGGGACAGGUGCUAGACAUCAACCUGGCAGGCGAACCAAAACCUCACAGAUCGAAGACAGUGAAGCGUUCUGCGGGAGACAUGUACAGUUCAUCUAUUGAUUUGGACUAUGACUUUCAAAGAGAUUACUAUGAUAGGAUGUACUCCUACCAGUCCCGGGUGCCUCCUCCCCCUCCUCCCCUGUCCCGCGCCGUCAUUCCCUCCAAGCGUCCGAGGGUCAGUCUGAGCGGAGGAGGGAGCCGGCGAACCAAAACCAGCUUCUCCUCCUCCAAGAGCAAAGACCAAAGGACCUCCCGUACGAUGAAGGUAGAUGAUCUGCAGACCAUCAAGAGAGAGCUAACGCUGAUCAAACACAAGGUGGACUACCUGCUGGACAGCCUGGAGCGCAUGGAAAAGGACCACAGCAAGAAAUCAGAGAUGAAGAGCAGCAAAUCGGAACCUGGUGAGGUGUCCUCCCUCAACUCCUCCACCUCCAGCAAGAAAGACGACAGCCUGAAACGGGACAGAGAGAGCCAGGAGCUGAACGACUCCGAGGAGGAGGGAGAUCUGCUGGAGGACGAAGACGAGAUUAAAAGCAGAGGGAGGGAGGAAGAUGACGAUGAGGACGAGGAGGAGGAAGGCGAGCAGGAGGAAGGAGAGGACGACGGCGAUAGCGCCAACGGAGAUGACUCCUAAACACUACACAGGCAGACAGACGCACACACGCACACAAACACACACACAUACACAAAACAAAUUGUGUAUGAUUGUAUCUCCGCACCAGACUUGUACACAGUGGUCAUGUGCUCAUUUCUGCUGAACUGACUGGACAUUUCUAUACAGUGUAUUGUAGAUAUUGCGCUCUCUCUCUCUUUCUC